GCUGAGCUCGCUUCCACUCGGCUGGCAGAUCGGACCGAGAGCGGAGCGGAGAGCAUUGUGGGAGGUUGAUUAAGUAAUUGGAUCCUUUGUAAACUCUUCUAGAUCGUCCAUAUUCUGGAGUCUGAGACUGCCAUGUGCUGUGGAUUUGUAAGCUCAGAACAGCUUCUUCCCAUGAUGGGCUGACUGAGGUGGCUCUCUCUGGAGGAGAAUGACACACAGGGCUAGCCCGGUGAAAGCAUACGACUUUCUCUUGAAGUUUUUGCUGGUCGGCGAUAGUGAUGUCGGUAAAGGAGAGAUUCUGGCCAGCCUGCAGGACGGAUCCACGGAAUCUCCGUACGGGUACAACAUGGGAAUUGAUUACAAAACGACAACCAUACUGUUGGAUGGUCGGCGGAUAAAAUUACAGCUCUGGGACACAUCAGGGCAAGGGCGGUUUUGCACUAUUUUUCGUUCAUAUUCCCGCGGUGCUCAGGGCGUGAUUCUCGUUUAUGACAUCACCAAUCGGUGGUCUUUCGAUGGAAUUGAUCGAUGGAUAAAGGAGAUUGAUGAGCAUGCCCCAGGAGUGCCCAAAAUCCUGGUGGGAAAUCGCCUCCAUUUGGCGUUCAAGCGGCAGGUGUCUACGGAACAGGCACAGAGCUACGCCGAGCGGCUGGGGAUGACUUUCUUUGAAGUUAGUCCUUUGUGCAACUUUAACAUCACAGAGUCCUUUACAGAACUGGCACGGAUUGUGUUAAUGAGACACGGAAUGGACAGACUCUGGAGGCCAAACAAGGUGUUGAGCCUGCAAGACCUCUGCUGCCGAGCCAUUGUGUCCUGCACCCCAGUACACCUAGUGGACAAACUCCCUCUCCCAGUUGCCUUAAGAAGCCAUUUGAAAUCCUUCUCCAUGGCCAAUGGCCUAAAUGCAAGGAUGAUGCACGGACGAUCCUAUUCUCUCACUGCCAACAACGCUAACAAGAGAAACAGCCUCAAAAAAGCCAAGAUUAUCCGCCCUCCCCAGAGCCCCCCUAAAAACUGUACCAGAAAUAGCUGCAAGAUCUCGUAGUCACUGGCCAAUGAGAUGCAUAGCUUAAGUCGAUGCAGGGCUGUGGACCCCCCCCAUAACUGAGGUGGAUGACGGCAAACACAAUUCCUUAUGUGAUUUAACUUAGGACAAUAAAGGAAAAUUUUCCAUUUUCCUGGUAACAAUGCUGCUUUGAUAUGGAUCAUUGGACUUGUUCCUAGACGUUUGUGAAACAUUGGUGUGGAGGUUAUUGCUGCGUAUAAAAUGCAUGGAACGUUUUUGUGUUUUGUUUUCUCCCCCCCCCGCUCCCCCUAUUUUUAUGUUUUUUCCUUCAUGUGUGCUUAUAAAGGGAAUUAUUUUUGCAUUACUCAUAGCUUGUAAUGACACCUGCAAUUUGUCACACAUUAUUGUGCGAUACGUGAACUACACUUUUGUAUUUUUCUUUUUUCUUUUUUUUUCUUUUUUCUUGGAAGGUAAGCGGCUUUGCAAAAUCAUUGCAUUUGUGGCAGGCAGGAACGUUUGUACAGUACCCACUGCCACCGCAGCGUGCACAAAGUGGAGACCGCAAGGUAUUAAUUUAGAGUUUUGCAAUCUUCAGGCACUACAACAUUAAAUGCAGAAGUGUACAGAGAAUUUAAAUGCACUCACAAUGUGUAAGACUUGUGUAUGAAAACAGGUUAUUUGAUAUAUUUUUUUUCUUUUUCUUUUCUGAAUUUGUUAUUUAAUACUAUUUGGGAUUAAUCAGUGAAUA